GCCCCCACUAUGCUCUCGUAAUUUGUAUAAUCGAAAUACAUUUUUCAUCAGCAUGAGUAAUACGAAGUUAAACAAUUUAUCCCAGGAAGUAUCUGCGUCUGAGAAUAAUUCGCUAAGCAGUGACUCGGAAGAUAUCGAAGAUGUACUCGCAAAUGAAGAAGUGAGAGAUCACCAAAUAUUGUUGAAGCUCCUAAGGCAUUCUCAAAAAAAAAUUUUAAAAAACGCAACGACUAUCAAAGAUUUCAAAGGAAAAUUAACUGAAGCUGAAAUACAAUUAGCGAUUCACAAGGAAAAGGCAAAUCUCUUUGAUGAGAAGUGCAGGGACAAGGAUUAUCUGAUAACAUCGUUGAAAGCAUCAAUACAAAUGAACAAUGAAAUGAAUACAAGAAUCACUGCCUCGCACGAUAUAAAGAUAAAAUUAAUGCAAAAUCGCAUUACUGAGUUGCUGUCAAAUUCUGGAAUUACCCAACACACACAAUUGCAGAAGCUCGAAGACCAGAUUUCUGAUUAUAAACGUAUCAUUGAUUUACACGAGUCUACAAUUUUAGAACUUAAUGAGAAUGUGGCUAAAUUAGAAAUCAAAGCCAAGCUAGAUGCAACUAACAUAGAAAACAAGGACCAGGAACUCUCCAAAGUAACCAACAGAAUAGGUGAAGGCGAGUCUACAAUUUCAAAACUGAAUGAGAAAGUGGCUGCGUUAGAGCUUGAAGCCAAGCUAGCUGAAAGCGGCCUUAAACAAAAGGAUGAGGAAAUCGAGGAUACACCCUCGUUUAGAGGGUACAAACUUACAAGACUCGUAUCCUCUAAAUUAAUUGAAAUCACUGGCCACGCACCCUUUGUCGCCCCAGUUGAGGAUAUAACUUCUGAUGGUAAUGAAUGGAUAGUCAUUCAACGUCGUUUCGAUGGCAGUGUGAAUUUUGCUAAUGGCUCCUAUGUUAAUGGCUUUGGUUCCUGCGCUGGAGAAUUUUGGCUUGGCUUGGAUAAAUUGAAUAUAUUAACACACAUUACUCCUCAUGAACUAUACAUUCAACUCGUUGAUUUCGAUGAUAACAUAUGGUACGCUCGAUAUGAUCACUUCGUUGUCGAGGACAAAGAUCUACGCUACUUGUUAGGUAGCCUGGGUUACUACGAAGGAAACGCUGGAGAUUCACUUCGACCCCAUAUACAUUUCGAUUUUGAACAGCUUAAAUGUGGCUCUUGGUGGCGUUCAAAUCUAAAACAGUGCAACAUUUAUUUUCAGUAAUUUGAAUGGAAAAUAUUAUACAUCGAAACCGAGAAAGAAUCCGAAUUUGGACGGCAUAUGGUGGGGCUCAAACGGUUCCUACAAAUCUUCUAAAAUGUUGAUAAGGUCUAUCUUUAAGUGAUAUUGGCUGUAUAAAAUCCAAUCUAGGAACUAAUAAUCAUUUUCUUAUACAUUCCUUA